ACAGAACUACAAAAAGUAAGAAGAACGCGAUAAAUUACAUACCUGUCUGCAUGUAGUAAAAUGAUAAAAAAUAAAAGAAGUAAAUAAAAAUUGCUUGCCGCACCAUAUUAAUAAAUUUAUAAUGGUUGCCACUAUUGUACAUUUAUGACUCUAAUAAUGACUUGAAAAUUUGAUAACCAACUGGAUAAUAUGUAUUUAAAUGAAUUGAAUAUUACUGAUGCUAAAUUCAUCGAAUAUACAACUGUACAAUGGUAAUGCGUAAUGGGAAUUAUAUUGGAUGGUGACAUUUAAUGUAAUGUGAUGAAUAUUGUUUUCUUGUUUUAACACAUAUUGACAUAGCCUAUCAUAUAAAUUUUAUUAUAGCUGUUAUUAUCAAGUCCCCGUAUAAGUUACGACAGUACAACAGCCUCAAUGCCAGUCAAUUCUGCAAUUAGGAGUUGGUCAACCUUUUUAAUACAGUAAUAUCACAGUUAUGUUUGUUUCUAUUCAAGUUAAACCAAAAACUGAUACAUAUAACUGUAUAAAUUUGAUGAGUAACCCAAUGUACAAUGAAGCCUGCUUUCAAUUUCAAACUGAACCAUAAAGUACACCCUGGAACAUUAACAAUUGGGAAAUAUGAUGGAAUUCAUUCUUGUUUAACCGCGGCAACUACAGCUGGGAAGAUCAUUAUCCACAACCCUUAUUCAAGUGUUACAGGAGGGGAGAGAGUCACGAUAGAAGGCACGAAUAUCAGCUUACUGAAUAUUAAUCAAUCUAUUACAUCUGUAAAAGCAGGUUCAUUAGAUGCACAUGAAGGAAGAGAUGUUCUUGCAGUUGGCACUGCUACAAAUCUACUUCUGUAUGAUGUUCACAAUAACAAAGAUCUUUUUUAUAAGGUGGUGAUGUUGUGGGGAAAAUGUAAGUCUUUAGCUAAUGGAGUUCCAGAUGGAGUGAACGCCCUAGAAAUUGGAAAAUUGGGUGACAUUGAAUAUCUGGUAAUUGCAGGUGGAAAUUGCACAUUACAAGGCUUUGAUGUUGACGGUGAAGACAAGUACUGGACAGUUACUGGUGACAACAUUUGUGCUCUUGCUUUGGUUGAUUUCACAAACAAUGGAAAAAAAGAACUUAUAGUUGGGUCUGAGGAUUUUGAUAUUCGUGUAUUCCAGGAAGAUGAAAUCAUAUCAGAAGUUUCAGAGAAUGACACUGUUACUGGUUUAUCACCAAUUUCUGGUAGUCGAUUUGCAUAUACAUUGGCGAAUGGAACUGUUGGUGUAUAUGAUAGAACUGCUCGUUAUUGGAGGGUGAAAUCGAAGAGUCAAGUGAUGGCAAUCCAUUAUUUUGAUAUAAAUGGUGAUGGAGAACCAGAACUCAUAACAGGAUGGUCAAGUGGAAAAAUUGAUGUGCGUAACACUAAAACUGGAAAUGUGCUCUACAAGGACACAAUGUCGAGUGCUAUUGCUGGGAUAGUGGAUGCAGAUUAUAGAAUGGAUGGGCAAAAUCAGUUGAUAUGUGUUUGCGUUGAUGGUGAAGUUCGAGGAUAUGAUCCUAUAAUAGGAAAAGCUUCUGAAGCAGCUUUAAAUGCAGAUCAAGUUCAGGAACAAAUACGUGACUUAAGCCAACAAAAGCAAAGUCUAUUACUUGAAUUGCAAAAUUUUGAACAGGCAAAGCUGUCUGAAAAGUCAUCCAUGCUGUUAUCACCAACAGAAAAAACUCAGGCAGGUAUGAUUCCAAUCAGUACUGAAUUGAAGACAAAGCUUUCCAUUGAUGGAGGAAGUGAGAACCAACGUCCCCAUAUCAAACUCACUGUAUAUACGACUAACAAUGAAGUUAUUAUCAGAUUGGUAACUGUGUUUGCCGAAGGAAUUUUUGAUGGUGAAAGUUUUGUUGUUCAUCCACCUUCAAAUCAAAUAUCUAACAUGAUUGAUGUUCCACUGAGUCCUCUGAAAGAUACUGAAGUUGAACUUCACAUAAAAGCAUAUGUUGGACCAAGAAAUAGUCAAAGUUUCCAUGUUUUCGAAGUCGCAAGGAAGUUGCCUCGAUUUGCGAUGUACUCCUACAUGCCGACUUCGCUCCCAGAGCCUCAGGGUUAUGUAACUUUCUCUAUCAGUGAUCGAAUAACACGUAUAUUGAUAUGGCUGAAUGAAAACUUCCUAAUACUGGAUGCCGAUGGAGAUCCAAUUAGUCUAUCGCCUGAUAAUGAAGAUCAAGAUUUCUCUGUCAAUUUUUUGUUAUUGAGAGGAGGUGGUCCGCUCAUAUUGAAUUUUGCUGUAGGAGACAAGUUCAAAAACCCAUUUGGUUGGCAAGUAACAAUCAACACAGAUGAUAUUGAUCUUGCUGGUGAUGUUAUUCAAUCUAUCACAUCAUUCUUGGGUAUAGAGCAUCUCCAGGUGACAGCUGACUUUCCAGGACAUUUUCAAGAGCUUCACGGUCUGAUUGAAAAAGCAGGUGAAAUGCACACUACUCAACAAAGACUCACUGCAGAAAUGUCUGAUCAUUCAAAUCUGAUUAGAAGUUUAGUGGUACGUGCAGAAGAUUCCAGAUUAAUGGGUGAUCAUACAAAUAUGAGACGUGGUUAUUCAGAGUUAUAUAGCCUAAAUCAAGAUCUGGUUAAUGGUUAUCACAUUCGUUGUAGCAAUCAUACUGAACUGCUUGAAUGUUUGAGACAAGUUAACAAGGGCAUACAACGUGCUGGGAACUUGCGCGUUGGAAAACACAAGACUGGAGUUGUAAAUGGCUGUAGAGAAGCAGUGAAAAAAAGUGAUGCAUCUGCUCUUGUUAGAAUUAUGAAAGCCGGAUCAAAUUGACAUAUAAGCGACUAGGGUUAAACUGUUCCAAACCACAAGUCACUGAGGCUUGCAAUGCUUCUUUAAGCGAUGUAUAACGUGUUGUGUAACCGAUGAUAUCUUCAACGAAGCAAAUGGUUGAGAGUUUAGCAGCUGCAGAUUGACGUAGUAUUGUACUUUUCUGCUUAUUUUUGCACAUAAUUCUGGCCAUUCUGUAUAUUUUUUGCAAACAAUACUGGCCAUACAUUAUAUCUUUCAAUAACUGUGUUGCAAAGUAAAGCCAAGCAUUUGUUAAAAGUAAGCCAAAUCAACUUCAACUUAAUUCUCUUUUCACGAUGCUAUCUGGAACCCAGCAGUGUAGUAAUCCACUUACGAGCUGCUUUACCUUGGCUACUUGAUUGACAUCUGUAAUUGUAAAUUUGAGACUUUGACAUGUAGGCACUUUUGGUAGUAAGUACACAGGUACCAAUGUAGGUUGUUAUUUAUCUAUUUCUUCACUGUUAUUCUUUAUAUUUACACAUAUUGUGGAGGUUAUUUAGUUUUAUGCACGACUCUGCUCUUGUGUAAUUGUCUAUUUAAGUAUUUUUGCAAUAAAUUUACUUUUAUAAGUUGUUUGA